AUGUCCGCCUCCGAUAGAUCGAGUGAUGAGAACGCCAUCGAGAACUUGUUCGAGGAUCCUAUUGCACAGGAGAUGGAAAACAAGAUUGACAACGCCAUUGCCAUCGCAAUGGAGGCUCAGAUUGAAGCUGUACUUCUUGGUACCAAUCGCCGUCGCCGCCGCCGCCGUCACAGUGGUAAGAGGCGAUUCAUUGAUAGAGGUAGGGAGGCUGGCCAUGAACGCCUCGUUGGAGAUUAUUUCUCAGAUACACCGGUUUACACAGAUGCCAUGUUCCGUCGAAGAUACCGAAUGAGAAGACCUUUAUUUCUCCGCAUCGUGAAAGCUCUCGGUGAGUGGUCGCCAUUUUUUACGCAGAGAAGAGAUGCAUUAAAUAGACCAGGAUUCUCGCCUUUGCAGAAAUGUACGGUAGCUAUGCGGAUGUUGGCGAAUGCAUGCUCAGCUGAUUCCAUUGAUGAAUGCUUCCGCAUAGGACCAAGUACAGCAAUAGAUUGCAUAAAGAAUUUUGUUCAAGGUGUGAGAGUAAUAUUUGGUCCAGAGUAUCUUCGGAAACCAACACCUGCUGACAUUCAGCGAUUGCUUCAAAUGGGAGAGGCUCAUGGCUUUCCAGGCAUGCUCGGAAGUCUUGAUUGCAUGCACUGGGAUUGGAAGAAUUUCCCGGUUGCGUGGAAGGGGCAGUUCACUCGUGGGGAUCAUGGAGUAUCCACGGUCAUGCUUGAGGCAGUUGCAUCACAAGAUACUUCGAUUUGGCAUUCAUUUUUUGGCGUUGCUGGAUCAAACAAUGACAUCAAUGUGUUGAACCAAUCACCGUUGUUCACCACCGUGUUGCAAGGAAGAGCUCCGCCAGUUGAAUUCACAGUUAAUGGACGGCAAUACGAUAUGGGGUAUUAUCUAGUAGACGGGAUAUAUCCUGAAUGGGCUGCAUUUGUGAAAUCAAUCCCUCUACCUCAGAAUCAAAGGGAUAAAAUAUUUGCAAAGCGUCAAGAGUCGGCUAGAAAAGAUGUUGAAAGAGCGUUUGGAAUUCUACAAGCUCGGUUUGCUAUUCUAAGGUAUUCAGCUCGUUUUUGGCACCGCUCAACCCUCGCCGACAUCAUGUAUGCGUGCAUUAUAUUGCACAACAUGAUAGUGGAGGAUGAAAGGGAUACAUAUGCUGGUAAACAUGAAUAUAAUUAUGAUCAAGGGAGGAAGCCAAUACCACCGGUAGUAAUCCACCCUGGUCCUAUAGCUGGUUUCACCAAUGUACUGGCCAUAAAUGCUUCUAUUCGUGAUAAAAGGAACCAUGCUCGUCUAAAAGGUGACUUGGUUCAACAUAUUUGGAAUCGCUUUGGAGAUGGACAACACAACAAUUAG